CUGGAGAUGUCAGGGAUCAUUUGUUUGCCUGCUAAACACACACGUUGGCUACACUGUUAUUAUUUCCUCAUGAUUCUGUUUGCUGGCUGUCAGUCUUGCCUCUCAGCGAUGCUAAUGACAGCUUUAGAUGUGACACUUGGGGUUUUUCCAAUCUCCUGAAGCUUCAAGUGGAGACUCAAGGGGGGAGUCAGUCUGGAAGAUCUCUGGGAAACAUUGUGAAAGUUUGUCUCAAUCAGGGAUCUAAGACUCCUCUGUCAGAGUGGAGCCAGGGUUGUUUAGAUCCAACAUGUAUUCAGAAGAGGUUGCUGAUGUGAUGCAGCCACGUGCAGUUACCAGGCCACUGUGGCAUGAAGGAUGAAGAAGUAGGAAGCAGUGACCACAGCCCUGAGAGCUGAUGUUCUGAGCUGACUGUCCGAACAUCAUAGGCAUACUGGGUAGACACUGGGAGAUCAAGCUCACACUUGAAGCCAAAUGUGCUCUCAGCUUAAUAGCCUUCAGUGAAUGCUGCAUUCAUAGGGGGUUGAAUCUGUGAUGAGACUCUCAGAACACCUGAUGUGUGCAGGAGAGAAAGUUGGUCUCAUGAGAACCUCUGCUCCAGGUCUCCGAUGAGUUCUUUCUCUCUUUCUCAUUCUGGGCAUGAGAGCAUGAGAGACGGUUGACAGUGCACAGCACUUUACUGGAGGAUCAGCACCUAUGUCGGAAAACCUGUGCAAAACAAACACAGCUUGUUUUAAUGCAAGUUUAGCGCUGCAAGUCUGAUGAACACUGACUGUGCUGCAGCGUUUCCAUUGUGAAUCACUGAGACACUCUCUGGCUCUCCACGUUCCUCGACACCUUUGGCAGCUAGUAAUGCUGCUACACCAGGACACAGAAGUCCGGCCCACUCUGCAGACACAGCCUCUCUCGCUCUAAUUCUCUCCCUCUCUCUCUCACUGUGUGUGAUGCUGAUCCGCGAGUGAGGCUCGCUGCACUGUCGGACCGGCUGCUCGCUCACUCAGACACAGGCAGGGAGCAGACAGCACUUUAGCGCUCGAUGCAAAUCAAGUGACCUACAAAGCAGCUUGAGAGUGGACAAGAAUGAGGACGUAUCCUGCGCACUGAGUGGCUGUCCGGAGCUCUGCAGCACAAGGACGGGAGCUGCCCUGGAGGGACUCGAUCAAGGUGGAGUUCAGAGACCAGGAUGUGGCUGACGUUAUGGAACUGUUACUGAUAGGAACCUGGGUUUGUCGCUGGCUACAGGAGGGCCUUUGAGCAUGUGUUGAUCACCAUUUACUGGCUGGGUCGAGCUGCCAACGGAUGCACCUCCUACAACGGGCCCACACUGGACCUGAAAGAGUUCAACAGCUUGUUGUCACAGAUGCGAAAGGAGGCCGAGGAGGCAGAGAGCCCUAAACGCAGCAUCCGGGACAGCGGCUACAUCGACUGCUGGGACUCUGAACGCAGCGACUCUCUCUCCCCACCACGGCACGCCCGCGAGGACUCAUUCGACAGUCUGGACUCCUUCGGUUCGCGCUCACAACAAACCCCGUCACCGGACGUCCCAGUGACCCGGGGCAGCAGCGAUGGCCGUGGCAGCGACUCCGAGUCUGACGGCGCCCCCCACAGGAAGAUCCCAGACGUUCGUAAAGACGACAUGCUAGCGCGGCGGACGUCCGUCACUGAGCUUAGAACGGCCAUGCCCUUCAACCAGUACCUGCCCAACAAGAGCAACCAGAGUGGAUACGUGCCGACACCGCUCCGCAGGAAGAAGACAGAGGAGGCCGGGCGCAAAAGCUGGAGUACCGCCACGUCACCAGUGGGAGGCGACAGACCGCUGAGUAUGCCAUCUCGCUCGUGCUCAGAAGAACUCCUCCCACUGUCAGCGACCAGGACCGUGGUGUCAACCAGUCCUGCCAAGCUUCCUUCAACCUCAGAUCGAUCAAAGGUGACGGGAGAAGGGCCUCUUGUAGCGGUCGAGCUAGAAGACAGGAUGGCCUUGCCCAACAGUCCCUCAGCUGCCGAGACUGGAGGAGAUGAGCAGCCGGCCCAGAGCAGAGGGUUAGACGCCUCCGGUCCUCAGACACUCUGGCACACAGAUAAUGUGUCACAUGACCCACAGAGCUUGAGCAUGAUCGACAUGCGAGGCGAAGACGUCCUGCAGCCACACAGUCAGGUGCGACACGAGCUGAUGCACAACCAGUACAACAGGAUGAAGGAGGAUGAGGACCACUGGCAGGAUGAUCUGGCUCGGUGGAAGAACCGCAGGAGGAGCAUCUCUCAGGACCUGAUCAAGAAGGAAGAGGAGAGGAAGAUGAUGGAGCAGCUGAUGACAGGAGGAGGAACCGAAGGAGCGUCCCUGAGGAGGCGGAGCAUCAAGACUUACAAAGAGAUUGUUGAAGACAAGGAGCGCCGUGAGGAGGAGCUGCGGGCAGCUUACCGAGGAGCUAGAACUCAGGAGGAGGCGUCCGCCGUCCUCCAGCGCUACGCUCAGCGGUUCUCCAUCAGCGAAGCUGUGCUGGAGCGUCUCCAGCUGCCCAAGCUGCUGGAUCGCAGCGUGUCCGCCGACCCUUCAAACCCUGGCUCUCCCUUUCCACUCUCGCUCUCGCUGAGUUCCUCUCCCACCACUCCAGAACCCUCUGACAUGGACCCAAACGGCCCCAUGAGGUACCUGAGGCAGCAGUCGGCCCCAGCUCCAAAGUUCACUUCCACACUGGAGGCCCGCGUCGAGGAGUUUGCCAAAGACUCCAACCACAGACCUCAGAUCCGCUCGCGAUCGUCCGAGCCGCCGUCGACCAGAACUCUGUCGCCCAAACCAGUGCCUUUGCUGACACCCAAGCCUUACUUCCAGUUCCGACCCUCCGACUCUGAGCUGAGCCCAGGAAAGGUGGACGGUUUGCUGCGACUCAACGGCGACAUCAGCAAUGACAAUCCCACCACGCCCGACAGUCAAGGGAGUGACUCGCCUUUCUACUUCCAGCCAUCACCGUCUAACGAUGGCACUGGAAGCUCCGCCUCUUUCACGUGCAGUCCACGCCUCACGGAGCCGCAGAGGAGCUCAUCGCAGGACACGUCUUCGCCGAGUCGACCCACCUCGCUGCCAACGGCCCUGCUGAAGUCAGAAGAACAGUCUCGAAGAGGUCCUCAUGAGUCAGCUCUGGAGGAAGACUCGUCCCAAACUGAAGAAACCAAACAAAAAGCAGCUGAUCCAUCUCAAAAGGUCCAGUCUGGAGUCAGCCAGUCACAGACUGAGGAACAGCAGCGGGCCGAGAACCAACCAAAAGUAGCUGCCAGAUCGCUCGGAACUCCGUCACCCGGUGGCAUUACCACAGCAAACUCUAUCAAGUCUGAGUUGUCCACCAGUAACCCAAAUUUACGCCAGGAGUUCUUCACUUCACCAGAGGCAGAGGACAAGGAUCGCCAUGGAAACGUGUCUGUCCCGGUGUUGCCCCAGACCAGGCGGAGCGACCGCUGGUCUUGGGACCCGGACGAGGAGCGAAAGCGUCAGCGAAAGUGGCAGCGAGAGCAGGAACGCAUGCUGCAGGAGAAGUACAAGCUCGAGCAGGAGAAGCUGAAGGAAGAGUGGGAGAAAGCCCAGAAGGAGGUGGCAGAGGAAGAGAGGAGGUUCCAGGAGGAGGAGCAGAAGAUCCUGCAGGAGACGGUGACUCCUCUGACUCCUCGCUCCUCAGCUGUCCCCUCACCCAGCCGGGGACUGCCAUCCUCCUCUUCCUCCUCACCGGUGCAGGACACCAUUGUCCGCUCCCUGGCCGACUGGGAGAAGAAGCAGGACCUGCAGGAGAGGCACUCUAGAGCCGGCUCGGACGAAUCCAGGCAGAGAGACAUGGACAGGACGAGUGAUAUCAGCACUGCAGACGACAGCAUGAGGACGGGAAGGAGCUCAGGGAGUCACAGUCAGGCGGAGUCGCUCAACAACCUUCAGAACGGACAGAAGUUUCCCUCCACGCCAGGCAGGCAACAUGAGCUUCCAGCAGAUGGCAACAAAGCUGCUCGCCCUGCAGGAGAGCGCAGAAACAUCUCCACCAACGUCAGCCAGCGCUCCUCUACCCCGAGCGCCUCCUGCCCCCCUCCUCCAUCUGACUCACAGCCUCCUCCCCCCAACAGGUCUGUCAGUGGGAAGAAGCUGUGCUCCAGCUGUGGCCAGCCGCUGGGCAAGGGGGCGGCCAUGAUCAUCGAGACCCUCAGUCUCUACUUCCACAUCAACUGCUUCAAGUGUGGCGUGUGCAAAGGUCAGCUGGGAGACACCAGCACGGGGACGGACGUGCGGAUCAGGAACGGCCUGCUCAACUGCCACCCCUGCUACAUCCGCUCCCGCACGGCCGGGCAGCCCACCAUGUUGUGACGCCACCCUCCAGGAAGAGCAAGCUCCAGUGUAACCUGAUUAUCUCCAAAUGUCCCGUCUGGAGUCGCUGCCGCCUCUGAAGCUCCAGAGAUCCAUCAGCGGGCGGAGCCCAGCUUCAUGUCUAAGAUAUAAGUAUAUACUCUCUGUGCGUGUCUGUGGCCAUCGUUGAAGGCCCACAGCCAGGAAGUGAGAGAGCCUGGGUUGACAGAGUUCUGUCUUCCUGCUCCACGUCCUUCUGCGCCGUUACAGCGGACUCAUCAUGAAUGUAACGCAUCAGCUGCUUGGUUUCCUCCUCCUGACUAGACUUGUCAUAGGCUGGUGGCCCAUGGACCUGAUGGUCCUGAAGUCCAGGCCCACAGCAGUGAAAUCACCCCCUGUCUGUCCGCCGCAACACGAUCUCUGACCCGUGCCUUAGUGAGAGACCUGGACUCUGAGCAGCUGGUGGCUGCGUCCACACUCCCGCCAGCCAACUCCAGCCUGUGGCCUGAGAGCUUUACACACCUCCAGAGCAGAGCAAGAAGGGUGAGAAGGUCAGCUGGUGAGGCAGAGGUCACUGGACGUUGCGAGUGCAGGGGCGAGAGGUGUCGGAGGUGAGCCAGGUGGAGGACCUGAAUCAUGGAGGCUCUGGUCCUCGGUGGUGUGAUGGAGUGUGAUGAUGGUUGGAGGAUUCAGCCUGAGCAGAGAGAAGUGCAGCGCCAUCUCAGAAGGAACUGAUGAGUUGAACUUCUGGAUGUGUGUAUUGAAUUCAGAUUGAUUCAUUAAAAAUCUAAGUAUCCAUUAAGCUUAAUUCUUCCUAAUAAAGCCUGGAGUCUCCUGGAGGUCUUGGUCAGGUCGCUUCAUGAGGCAAACUAAAGUCUUCAAGAGGCAUGAGGGUGAACAGAGCCAUGUGGUGUUUGGAGUCUGAUGUUGGGGUCGGGUGGUCACAUGACAGGUGGUGAGCUCUUCUGUGGGUGGAGUGUGGACGCGGCCCGGGCUGCUCGGAUGAGGAUUCAUUCACGAGCCUCACCCCGAGACUCUCCGGGUGGCUGGCCAGAGUCCCCAGAAACCACAGCCUCCAUCAGCCUCUGAGGCCAGCUGCAAAGCAAAACCAUGGGCUCCAGCCUCUCAUGCGUUACGUGACUUCCUGCUCUCCUCCGUGAGGCGACGGCGCCGCCGCUGUAUUUAUUGUCACUCUGGCACGAUCCCAGCUGAUGUUCCCUGCAGAGGACGGUUUCUAAAUAAAGUCUGAAACUGAAACUCUGGUCUGCGUGUUCUGACUCUCACUCCUGCUGUCUCUUUUGUCGCCAAGCAUCUCUGACUCGACCGUCCACAUGUCUGUCUGUGCUGUGUUCUCCUGCCGUCCCACCUCUGCCUUUUCUGUCUGCCUUCCUCUCAGUCCUGAGUUUGUCUUUCCCUGGCUUUUCUUCUUCCUCCCUCAUUCUCCUCACCUGUCUUCCGCUCUCUCUGUCUCACCUUCUUCUCCUGUCAGGAUGGAACUCUGAGAUGUCCAGAUCUGCGCUGACGUCAGUACCUGCUGACAUCAGCGCCCAGUG